AUGGCCGCCUUCAUCCUCCUCCUCCUCCUCCUCCCGCUGCCCCCCCCCGCCCUAGCGCUGCCCGAAGGACCCGGAUGCCGCCUGCGCUGUGUGGGUCCCGCAGGGGUCCCGUUGGUGCCGGGGGUCCCUGGGUGCCGGGGGGGGGCUGCUGGCGCAUGCGUGGGACACUGCGAGUCCAGCGCCGCCCCCUCCCCCCGCGCUGUGCUGGCCGCCAGCAGACACCUCCAGACCUCCAGGGGGCGCUGCUGCACCAUGGCACAGGCGAGCAAGGUCCUGGUGACGCUGCGCUGCCCCGGCCGUGCCCGUCGCCGGUUCCGGACGGUGUCCGCCCGUUCGUGCCGCUGUGACCUGUGCCGGCUGGGCCGGUACUGACCGCGGGCGCCAUUAAAGGAACCGAGAGCACGAA